GGUGCUGUUUAAUACGCAGUGGUCAGCGAGUGACGAGAUCAGACGCACACCGAGCCACGCCGAUGGAAGCAGGGAGAGAGCCGGGAGGAGGAGGAGGAGGGAGGAGAGGAAGGGGGGGCGGACGCAGGCACCGGGAGCAGGACCCCGAUGUGCGUUUGUCUAAAGCUCUCGCCUUCGUCCUGAGACACGGAGCGGACGAGCUGGGAUUCACCAUGGGCUCGGAUGGCUUCCUGUUUGUUGAUGACCUUCUCCCUCCCCCUCCCCCUCUCUCUCAGAUGGCUUCCUGUUUGUUGAUGACCUUCUCUCUCACCCCCGGUUUUGCUCGUACUCAUUGGACGACGUGCAGAGAGUUGUGCUGACCAAUGACAAGCAGCGCUUCAAGCUCCGCCCACAC